AUGGCUGAACGUACAGCAGUUGGACUUCCUACAGGACCAAGCUCUGGGCCUCUGACGGAUGCGCAAUGGCAGGUUAUGAUGGCUAUUAUGGACACUAUCAUUGCUCCUUGUCCUGAGAGCGCGAUACCUGCUGGUCAGAAGAGUGCUCUACUCAACAACUGCGAUGAUACUACACUCAGGGCUUUUCUUGACGAAAAGCCUUCCAAUAUGCCACUGUUCCAGGAGAUUUUGAAGCGCCUGCUGGCGAAUCUCCAUGCUGAUAAACUGUCUGCAAUUGCUACAGUAUGCUCACUUCUCGGAAAUCGAGCUGCUGUCCUUCCUCUUACUGGUUAUUUCACAAUAUUUUGUGAUCUGUCUCCCCAAGACCGAACAUUAGUACUCAACUCUUGGCAAACGAGCUCUCUAGCUACCUUUCGCGUCCUCUUCAAACAACUCUCAAUCAUCGGGAAGCAUGUUUAUCUCCGAUCAAGUACGCUUUUCAAUGAAGUCGUUCGCUUCCCAUCCACUCCUGUUGGAUGGCAUCCGGUCGAAUCAUACCCAUUUGAGUUCAUGCAGUUCAACGACUCCGAAACCCAUGUUCAACUAGAAACCGAUGUUGUGAUUGUGGGCUCUGGCUGUGGUGCAGGAGUCGUCGCAAGGACUAUGGCCAUGGCAGGCCAUCGCGUUUUAGUGGUGGAUAAAGGACAACAUUUUGAAACCACGUCGAUGCCCCUCGAUCAAAGCGCAGGAUACUUUCAUCUUUUCGAGGGUGGAGGUCUAGUAUCCUCUGAGGACGGAUCUAUCUCUACACUCGCAGGGUCAUGCUUUGGUGGAGGCGGAACAGUCAACUGGAGCGCCUGCUUACAGCCUCAGAACACAGUCCGCGAUGAAUGGGCAGACCAGCGAGGUCUCAGCUUCUUCAAAUCGGCCAAGUUCCAGGAACAUCUUGAUUCGGUCUGUGAGCGCAUGGGCGUCAGCAACGAGCCUAUCAACCAUAACCACGGAAACAACGUUUUGCUCGAGGGUGGACGCAGACUCGGAUACAGCGCUAAGCAGGUGCCCCAGAAUACAGGCCAUGGCGAGCAUCUGGAUGGAUAUUGCUCCUUGGGUUGCUGGAAGGGUCAGAAGAAUGGGCCUGUUAAUGGCUGGCUACCAGAUGCUGCUAGGUGCGGAGCCAAGUUCAUUACAGGCUUUUACGUCAACAAGGUCCUUUUUAAGAAGCGUGGUGGUAAAAAUGUCGCCUAUGGUGUGACUGGAACUUGGAGACCAAAAGACGGCCCUGAUGCCGCGGCCAGAACGGUGACGAUCAGCGCGAAGAGGGUUGUGAUUUCAGCUGGUAGUCUGUGCAGUCCUAUCAUCUUGAAAAACAGCGGACUCAAGAACAAGCAUAUUGGACGCAACCUCCAUCUACACCCAACAUCGUUCGUAUCAGCAAUAUUUGAACAGGAGACACGACCAUGGGAAGGCGGAAUCCUCACCUCUGUAGUUUCGAGCUUCGAUAACGUCGACGGACAUGGCCAUGGCGUGAGGCUUGAGCGUCCUGCAAUGCUGUACAGGAACAUGGAAGCAUACAUCGCUAUUACUCGAGAUCGCGACAGCGGACAAGUCACAGCGGACCCUAUAAAUGGCACACCUCGAUUGGUCUACACUCCCUCCAAGUUCGAUGCCAGCAACAACAUGAAGGGCAUGCUUGGCCUGGCAAAGAUUCUCUAUGUCCAAGGUGCCUUAGAGAUCCACCCCAUACUCCCCGGUCUUGAGCCAUUCAUCCGUGAGCCAAAGAACUCGACGGAUGGUGUCGAUAGCUCUUCAGGAGUCACAGAUGCGAAGUUUUCGGAAUGGCUGAAGAAGAUGGAAGCUCAUGGGAACAAGACCCCAGAUACGCCUUAUGGAUCUGCUCACCAGAUGGGAACGUGCCGAAUGAGCACCAAGGAAUCCGACGGCGUUGUGGACGAGUAUGGAAAGGUCUGGGGCUGUGAGAACCUGAUCGUCGCAGAUGCGAGCGUCUUUCCGAGUGCGAGUGGUGUCAACCCUAUGGUCACUACAAUGGCGAUCUCUGAACACAUUGCCUUGGCCAUGGCAGAGGAGUUGGCUCGGGAUACACAGGAGCGUCCUAGAUUGUAG